CGCCCGGUAGCAACAAGAUGCCGGGCUCAGAGAUUGAGGUCCAUCAGCGUAUACUCCCAGGAAUAUUUCCUAUGGUUGCGGAAGGAGUCUUGAGGUAUGACAGGUGCAUUCCCCGGUGAAGAUGAGCCUUUUGUCCUACUUGUACUCAAGAGCUGACAUUGCAAAAAGGCCCACUGACAGUGCCCUGACUAUUGUCCCCGCUAUGACAAUCACAUUUCCUGUCCAUGACCUGAGUGCGGUUUUGCCUGAAGGAUGGACCACCCUUGUUCAUCCAGAAGGUUCUCGCUACUUUCUAAACGAAAAACAAAGGACAUUCACAGAAGUUGAUAUAUUUGACCCACAAAUACACAAGGGCAUCGAAGACUACAUGCAAUACUUGUGGAGUGGGCUCAAGUCAAUCAUUAAACAAGAGAACCUCCGCCUCGACCUGACGCAGGUGGAUCUUGUACUUGAACUAAAGGAUAGCGACGUUGCUAGCUCCGGCAUCGCUUGUGGGUACUAUUUCGUUAACCACAAUAGCAGAUGCCUCUUUUGGUUGCACAAGUCUGACGUCAAAGAUGUGCUCUCCGAUUGUAAAGGCAUCAAGAGUCUUUCACACAUACGGCUUGCCAUUCAGGCACAGUACUGGCUGCAUUGGGAAUACUUCCCUGACCUGUGUUUAGUUUCACAAGACCAUGUCGAUGAGAUUAAGGAUAUGUUGAUGCAUGCGACAUGUGAUCACAUAACAUCGAAGCGGUCUUCUGCGCUAGGUGAUGUCAUCGAACUCAAGGACUACAUUUCGGUGGUAAAUGGACUCAAGGUUCAUUCCCGUGAAAAGCAGCGGAUGCAACGAUGUCAUACUGCCAUUAUCAUUGGCCGUAUCAUGAAGUUAUUCAGUGAAAAUCAGUUCAUCAACUUUCACGGGGAGGAUUGCGUGAGACUGAUAUCUGACAAGACGGUUCAUGGUUGGGCAUACACACCAUCAUUGUUGAUGGUCGUGGUCGCACCCUUCCUUUUUUUGGACCCCAUGACGCAAGUCCAAAAACUACACAGGGCCAUUGUAGAUGAAAUUGCUUCCACAGCACGGUGGAAUGCACUUAGUUCGAACUUGAAAGGGCAGCUCAAGGACUCCAAUCUCUUGGCCACUGUCUUGCUCAGCGUCAAUGUUGGGUUUCUCGAUAUCGGCACUGUUGAUACCGGCGGGAGAUCUGCCAUUCAGAUUAUAAGCUACAUGUCUUUGGUUACGAGCUUGGGAAGUAUAAUUCUCGGCAUGUUCUUGGUCUGGCAUGAACAAACCUCUGGAGACAAUACAGCCUUGGAAGCGGCAUCAUUCGCGUUAAAAAUUCACGACGAAAAGCAUGGACUUGAAAAGCUGGCCAUAAUUUACAGCAUUCCCAAGGCGUUACUCAUGUGGGGGAUGAUCUUCUUCUUUGUGGCAUUUUCCAUCGAUUGGUGCAGUGCCAGGGAUAUAACUUCCGGAGCCAUAGUCGGUACUGUGGUACUCAUCGUAUUCGGGUUAAUAUCAUACGGCAUCAUUCGCAUCAGGGAAAGAGAGCGCUGGUGGUGGCACGCAAUUGGCCAGCAACUAUCACUAUCAUCCUUUCUGGCUCGAGUUAUGAAGUUUUUGGAGAUGAUAAGAAGCCAAAGACGCAAGCCCCAAUCCGACCCUGAAGAAGCUAGCCCCCGUACAUUGACAGGCCUCCCACAAGUAAACGCCGAUGUGGACGCCCCAACCCCGCGCAACCACCAACCAGAAAUAUCAGGUGCCGACGGUCGUGACGAUGACCUUCACUCUAUCGCCGAAACUCGGUCAUACCAGUCCAACACCUCUGCGGCGUCCAAAAAUGAAGGACAACCGGCAGUCAACGACACGGACGCCGCAGUAUCGCCUAGUUCAUAUUAUCCAGAACACCAGGAGAAUGCAAAAUACACAGAUACCGGAGUCGUUGAAGAGCCCGAAGAGGUCGCUUCGUCAAGCACAAUUCCGUAUCCAAAGAUCGUCGGUAGAAGGGCUACCAAUGAACAUUUCCGUCACGCGGCGGUGGCUGCGAAGUGGACACUACAAGACGGUAAAGACAUAGAAGAGGCCAAAGAUUAGAAUUUGAUAACACUGACUUUGAACAUCAUAAGAGGAAGAUCAUUGGGCUAGUCACCGAAGUACCAACACGUACUAUGUAGCUAGGCGGCCAUCACUAGUCAGGAUU